UGACCAUCGAUUAACUCAAAUCUCGAGCUCAGCAGACGGUACCCAAUAAUCGCAACACUUCCCCGCAGUGCUCUUCGUAUUCAGCUCCGAAACAAUGAAGCCAUGCAUCAUCACCACCUACUUAAAGUAUAGCCCUCUACUACAUACAACAUCUACACCUGUGAUGAUCCCAUCCACCUCCCUCUACGCCAACAAUCCAUAACACCACCACAUCACCUGUCACACCACCAACACACCCCUCAAAAUGCGCAUCCUGAUAGCUCCCGCCUCCCCACAAACCGCCCAAGCCACCAUCACCGCCCUCCUCGCCAGCCCUCUUCAUGAGAAGCUGCACAUCCGCGGCCUCUACCGCAACUUCCACCGCGUGCCCCCACAGCUCCAGAACCACCCGCACUUCGAGCCCUACCCAGGCGACCUGACCGUACCCGCCACGCUGAACUUCCACGGCUUCGACACCGUCUUCUUCGUGCUGCCGCCGUGCCUGGACGAGACCACACCACUCGACGAGUGGGCCACCACCGUCUCCACCAACAUCCGGCUGGCGAUCCAGCGUUCGGGGACCGUGCGGCGGCUGGUGCUGCUAUCGAGUUUGGGGGCUGAGGUUGGGGCGGAAACUGGGGAGAUCAUGACGAACCAUAUCUCCGAAGCCAUCCUGCGCGACGCCGCGGCCGAGGUGGUGAUCAUGCGGUGCGCGUACUUCAUGGAGAACUGGGCGACGGCGGUGCAGAAUGUGCGGCAUAAGGAGAGACCGUAUCUCGAGACGGUGAUUACGCCGGUGGAUUUUGAGGUGCCGAUGGUCGCCGUCAAAGACAUCGGAUCUCACAGCGCGAGAUGUAUCCUGUCCCACGAGACAGACGGUACAGAAACGCCGUAUGUGUUCGAGCUGCACGGUCCGCGCGAGUACUCGUCGGUGGAUGUGCAGCGGGCGUUUGCGACGGUGGUGGGCCGCGCGGUGGAGCUGCGCCCCGUCAAGAAGGAGAAUCUGACGGAGUAUUUUGCGCGGUUCUUGCCGGAGACCGCCGUCGGUCCGUUUGUGGAGAUGACGCUGAGCUUUCUGCCCGGGGGCGUGAUGUAUAAGCAGUAUGAGCAGCGGACGCAAAGGCGGGUGGAGCGGGGGACGGUCGAGUUGGAGGAGGUCGUGGCUGGGUUGUUGGGCGACAAGGGGAGGAAGUAUUUUGAUGAUGUGCGGUUGUAGGUUUGGACUGGAUGGGGAAAUGGUCGUCAUGGUUGGUAGGUUAUGUUAUGUUUUGUGCU